ACCAAAAUGCGAAAAGCAAACAAUUCCUCCUGCUUUCCGAUCUCCUUACUUGGUCAAGUACAAGGAUCUGUUUAAAGAUGAGAAAGCCAUGAACCAAAUUGCAGUAGACUUUGCUCUUGGUGGAAAAGAUGAAAGUGCACUCUUAUACUAUGAUGGCUUGAAUCUCAUCAAUAGAAAUGAAAUGAAAACUCUUGGAGAUGAUGUUGAAGUGACAAAUUGUGUCAUAGAUGGAUGGGCAAGGUUUCUUAAUCAUAAAAAGCCGAGAAACAAGAUUUAUUUCUCAACAGUGCUUCAUGUUAGUCUUUUUUCUUUUUUUAUAUUAUUGAUUCUAUUUUCCUAUGAUAAAUAAUUGCUAAAAAUUCAUUUAACUUCUAUAUAUUUGUUUCUAUUUCAACAUCACAUUAUGUGCACAAAUAGAGUUUGUCGAGAAGGAUCAUCAAUGAAGACAAGAAUUAAUGCCUUCAUAGAAAGAAUUGACAAUGAACUGAAGUUGAAUAAAAUUGACAGCAUUGUUGGAUAUAAACAGGUCUUCUUCCCAGUAUCAACUUCUCAACAUUUUUUUCUGUUGUGCGUCAAUCAUAUAGAAGACAAAAUUCAUAUAAUUGACAAUAGAAAACUACCAAAAAAGGUAUCAGUCCAAGCAAAAUACGAAGAACAACCAAAAAUGAUGUUAAAAGGAUUGGCAGAGUACAUGAAACACCUUGGAUAUCAAGAUGCAAAAAGAAUUGAAGACUACACAGUUGUUUUGGAAAAGAUGAAAUGGCGUAGCAACAAUGACUAUACAAACUGUGGAGUUUACAUUAUGAAGCAUAUGGAAACCUUCAAUGCUGAUCCUAAUGAGAGCUGGAUUUGUGAUUUAAAACCAAACAAUGUGGAACAAAUUAAAAAUCUAAGGCUCCAAUACACAGCAGAACUGAUGUUAUUUGAAGAAAACACUGAAUCAAGAGCAAAUAGAAGGAAAGCUAGAAAAUUUGCAACUUUGUAG